AUGCACAAACCGUCGCUCGCCCAGAUCGUGUACAACGCCACGUUCCCUCGUCCUCUGACGAGUGACCCGGGCUCCUUCGCGGCUCAUAUCACCCGCAACCUGGUGCCAGAGGUACGUCUCGAGACGUCCAUUUUCUACGGCUCGCUGGACUGUAUUGAGGCUCAAUACCCCGGACUGGACUACUCCUACGGACCGCAUCGCAUGCGACUCGGCCGCUUCACAUGGCAUCACGAGCUGUUCCGUGUUUUCGAUGAGCUGGGGCUGACAGAGGCCGAAAUCCUCUCGCUCUGUCGCUGGGAAGGGACCAGGUGGGCUCGCGAGCGCUACGAGAAGGAAGAAGGGAUCAGCGUGCGGGACACCACGGCCCAUUCGAUCCGUCCAGCCACUCCGCCUCCCUCGCCGUCGGUUGAGGUGCAUUUCGAGGACUUCUGCGGGCCAGAAGAGGAACUGGACUACAACAUCGAUACCCGGAGCGACCACACCGUCCGCGCGAGCCAACGGAAUUCAACUGAGUUUCUGGAGCACAAAGGUGAAGACCACGAAGUGGAAGAGGAGGAUUAUAGUGAUGAGGAAAUGGAGAGCUGCGGCGUCGCGCUGAAUAGCCGUCUUCUGGCCGCCAUGGCCGCACGAGACCAAGGAGCCAACGUACCUCUCGAUGAGGACUGGGAACAGUGGUUGAAAGAGGUCGGGGAUGGAGAGCGAGGCUACAGCGAGAUGUUCCAUGCUAUCCGUGCUGGUCAACCACUCAACUUCCUCUCAUCGCUUCGGCACCGCGAGGGUACACGUAUAGCAACCAGCGCGACGAGUUUCUUCGAAUCAAUCCCGCUUUCAACAGUCAACAUCCUGGCAUCAAGUGCGGCUCUUCCGUCGUCUUCCAACCCGGCCUCCGGUACAGCCCGGUGA